AUGUCCUUUUUCAAGUCAAUCCAAGACUCAAUACCAACCGUCGAUCAACUACGUGACUCUUUUACAAAAGUUGAAAAGCAAAUUGGAGAGUCGAUUCAACCAUUUGCAGCUAAAACUCAGUCGCUCAUCACUGAACAAGUUAAACAAGUCCAGCAACUAGCAGCACAAGCGUCGCAAUCAGACAUUGACGUGAGCGAAUUGCCCAAGGAUUACUUGCAAUUGGAAAUCAAUUGCGAUCAAUUGCUCAAGUUGUACACAGAUUUGAUCCAAACCACCAACCAAACGUAUGGACAAGUUAGUUACGAUUACCCGCCAGGCAACACAACUUACAACAAGAUUAAAGACGCCCAUGUUGGAGAAGCCAUUGGUGCAAAAUUCAACCAGUUGAAAAAUGUGUCGUCGCCACAGGAAUUGGAGAGGAUCCUAUUGGGACAGAGCGAUUCUAGUGCUGAGGAAGCCAAAACUGAUAGUAUCAAGAUUCAGCCAACCUCGGAAGCAAUUCCGAGAACUUUGUUUGGCCACUUGAGUGCCAUCUUGGCCAAGCAAAGCGAAGAAUUGCAAAAACAGAGCGAUCUGAACCCUCUUUCGCUUGUGCUUAUGCAAAUCUCGUCGACUUACCAUGAAAUUGCCGUUGCCCGAUUGGUUCAAGAUGACAAAAUCACCAAAGAGUUGAACCACAAGUUGGUGGACAUUUUAAACACGCAAUUUAUCAAGGUCAAUGAGUUGCGCAAAAAAGUGUACUUGACCAGAAGUCAAUUUGAUCAAUUGAGAAACAAAUACGAGGAAAAAGAUCCUGAGAAUGAGCAAUUGAUUGCUAAGGAAGAUGAGUUGGUUGGUGCAACUGAGUUGGCCGUGGCAGAAAUGAAGAGCAUCUUGAAACCUUCUAGAAACAUUGACUUGUUGAAAGUCUUGGUAUCGGCACAAAAGGAGUACUUCGAUGCCGGGUCAAAAAGGUUGGCUAGUUUACUAAAUUCGUUGGGCACCGUCAUCUCCGAAGAAGAUGAAGAGUAG